AUGGCGGAAUCGUCCAACGCCGACACCAUGGUCUCCGGCUUGAAGACUUCCACCGAAGAGAAUUCCAGUGAGGGAGAACAGUCCAGUCCCAGGGACUCCUACUCACGCGGUACGGACAGAUCCACCACACAGAGCCAGGCGGACUCGCCGACCCCGGCUUCUAGAAAAAGGUCGACUCCCGAACCCGCCGCUCUUCAGUCUUCAGUUCAGACGAGGUCGCGCAUAAAGCGCCGAUGUGUUCAAAGGGCUCGUGCGGGGUUGCAAACCUCUUCUCCUAGCCAGGAAGUUUCAAAGAUUAAUGAGACCUCCAGCGGGGUCAUCGAAGAGGUGCCGAUGCCAUCUACUGCCCCUGGUCCCUCCAACUCGCCACGCGUGACGGAUCAUUCGUCUGACCAGCAUACUGCAAAGCCGAUUGUUACCACCUCGGCUUCCCUUCCUUUCUUGGGAGAGGGGUGCGAUCCUUCGAGCUUGCUGACAUUCGACCCCGAUUCCAUCGAGCCAGCCGCCCCUAAAACAGGUGAAGAGCCAAAUCUUGGUGCAGUCGACGGUCCGCUCCAGCGUCUCAAAGUCCUGCUCUCCUCCCCAGUUGACGCUCUGGUUGAGGACCCUGAGACGAUAAGGGGCAUCCUCGUGGACAUCCUGCCUCGUCUCCCAGUGGUGCUGGUAGCUAAGCUCUGGCCGACAGUGACUUUCCAGCUGGUGAUGGGGAGAGACGAGGACGACGAGGUCGAGAUUGCUGAGGUGGAUCGAAUCCGUGCCGAUGCUCUUCACGCUCUUAAUGCAUUUCUUCAAUAG